AUGAACCUCGGCGGGUGUUCGGAGAAGACGGUUCUGUCGGCCUUCAAGGAAAUGAACUCGGUGCAGAGCCGUCACAGUGUCGACGGACUUUGGCUCCGUCAUGUCCACAGGGUGAUGGAUGAUGGCGGGGUGUCGUCGACCGAUCUAAAAGAGCGCUUUCCCUCCAUUCCACAGAAAACCACGGCGAUAAGCCUCGACAAUCAGCUCUUCUCUCCAGAAAGAUCAAAAGUUGCUCCCUCUGUCAUGCCUCACCUGAUAUCUGCCGUCACGGGCGCCGAGCUCAACGCCAACGGACCUCGCACACUGGCCCAGUCCUUCUACUAUCAGUACGCCACUGCAAUUGCCGCCAAACACCUGUGGGACCAAGAGGUGCCCCGUUUCUAUGCCGACAAUGCGGUCUUCCACAACCAGAACGGCGUUGAUUACCGCGGUGAUCAGAUUUGGCCGUGGGCUACGCGGCUGUUUGGAGAGUUCGAGAAGCUCUCGCAUGACUUUGUGAGGAUCUGGGAGGUCCAAAAUGACGACGGCACGGUGGAUCUAGUGUCCCAGAUUGUGCGGCAUAUCUGGGCCCCCGGUAACAAUAGCGACCAGCCCACGGUCAGCAUUCCUCUGUCAAUGGUAUGCAAGAUCAGUGCCAACAAUACACCAAGAACGGUGGGUGGCCUGCAGUUCAGCGAGGUCUGGCUCUACUGGGAUACAACUUCUCUCCUGCCGUACUUUCCGGCCGACUCGGUGGUUCUCAGCUCAAGAAAUAUAUUCGACCAGGAGGCGAAAUGA